GGUGGGACUGGAGGCUCCUCGAGAGGGCCCCCAGGCGCGCGUCAUUCGCCCCUCCCGCGGGCGUAUAAAGGCUGCACCAGCGCCCGGACCUCAGUUUUAGUUCCUCUUCUCUCCGAGGAAGCCUCGCGGUGCCCAGCCGAGGAGCCGAGACCGAGAGGGGCCGCCGGCACAGGGAGGCCGCGCUCCUGCACUUUCCUUCCACUCGGCUGCCCUCGCGGCUGACUUGAAAGCGGACACAGGGACCCCGCCCGGGAGAUUUGGCCUCUCGACCCGAGAGGGAAACCGAAACCGCUGGGCUCUGCUAACGGCGGCGGCAGGGAGCGCGCGCUCGCUCCACCAGGGCGCGCCCAUCCGGAGCACCGCCCGCCCGCGCCGCGCCCGGACACUUUAAGUUUCGAUUCUCCUCGGAGCGCGCCAUGGCGGACCCGGAGGUGUGCUGCUUCAUCACCAAGAUCCUGUGCGCCCACAGGGGCCGCAUGGCCUUGGACGCGCUGCUCGACAAGAUCGCCCUCUCCAAGGACGAGCUCUGCGAGGUGCUGGAGGUGGCCGGGCCCGACCGCUUCGUGCUGUUGGAGACCGGCAGCACGACCGGGGUCACCCGGUCGGUGGUGGCCACCACUCGAGCCCGAGUCUGCCGUCGCAAGUACUGCCAGAAAACUUGCGGAAACCUCCACCUCUGCAAGCUCAACCUGCUGGGCCGGUGCAACUAUUCGCAGUCGGAGCGGAAUUUAUGCAAAUAUUCUCAUGAAGUUCUCUCAGAAGAGAACUCCAAAGUCCUGAAAAAUCAUGAGCUUUUUGGACUUAACCAGGAGGAAUUAGCAGUGCUCCUCGUCCAAAGUGACCCUUUUUUCCUGCCUGAGAUAUGCAAAAGCUAUAAGGGGGAGGGUCGAAAACAGAUUUGCAACCAGCAGCCAUCAUGUGAAAGACUUCACAUCUGUGAGCACUUCACCCGAGGGAAUUGUAGUUACCCCAACUGCCUUCGGUCCCAUAACCUGAUGGACAGAAAGGUGCUGGCAAUCAUGAGUGAGCAUGGGUUGAGCCUGGACGUGGUGAAAAACAUCCAAGACAUUUGCAACAACAAGCACACCCGGAAGAACCCCCCUGGGUCAAGAGCUCCUUCCUCACAUCGUCGAGCCAUGGCAUAUAGAGAUAGAAGCAAAAGUAGGGAACGAUUCUUUCAGGGCAACCAAGAACUUCUUCCAUCUGCCUCAGAUGCUGAUCAGAGGUCCUGCACACCCAGUCCAGAUCAAAUGGGCCGCAGGGCUCCCCUGGAUGACAUGCCUGUAGAUGAUCUCACCCGCAAGUUCACGUAUCUGGGGAGCCAGGAUCACUCUCAGCCUUCCUCAGUCUCGUCUAAGCCUGCCAGUCUUGGAGGAACAGGUCAAGUGGGAGCAAGCCAGAAGUUAUUGGUGAAUGGCAGUUCAGAGGACCUCUUUUAUGGGAAUCAAGGCAACACAUCUGUUGCUUCUGAUUCAACACCAGCCUCCUACUGGAAGGGCUCCACAUCUUGGCAGAAUGACCAAGGCACUGGGAGAGAGAGUGUGUUUUCUUCAAUUCGUUCAGCUGCCCACCCCCCUCUUGGUUCAGCACAAACGCCUGAAGCUGCAGCCACCAGAAAGAAUACAGGUGUGCUUUCCUCGGACCGCAGGAGCUUCGAGGGCAAAAGUAGGACUCAAGACAUCCAGCAUGCCCCUCUUUUUAAUAAUUACGCUGAUGGAGUGGCCACAGACAUAACUUCCACAAGAUCUUUAAGUUACAGAACCACAGCCGGUGGUCGGAGAGAAAUAUCAUUAUCUAGGAAUCAGGACACUGGAACUACUCUCCGGGAUGUCCAGACCACUGGCAAAGUUACAGAUGGUGAUGACCAAGGAGUGGUAUUUGUGAAUGACAAAUACACAGGGAAGAUGUUUUGGGCUAGUAAAUCUGUCCACAAUGCACGAAAUGGCUCGCGUCAAGUUACAGAUGAAACUACUGAUGUCGAUAAAAUUGGUGCCACUGGUUUUGGCUUAAUAACGGCAGUCACUGGGGAAAAAGCUCUGUCACGCUCUGCAAGUCAGAGUCUGGAGAGCCAGUUCCCGGCCACACGUGGGGAAGCCACCGGCCCUGCACAAGUCAUUGGUGUGCCUCCGUCACCUUCUCCACCUUCGUCAGGCAACAGAGCUGCAGCCGGUGGGACCCUUGGUCAGAACUCUGCCCAAGUCUCUGUUAGCCCUGCCAGUGAGCACAUAAGGAGAAUUUCAGGCUCUGCUCAGCAUUCCAUAUCUGCUGUCGCGAGUACCUCAUCUUCUAGAAUGGAUGAUUAUGACUCAAAGGAAAUUUGUCUUGACUAUCUGAAUAAGGGCUGUCACCUUAAUAGCAGCUGCAACAAAGUCCACUUCCACCUGCCCUACCAGUGGCAGGUAUUAAUUGAUCAAACCUGGAUAGACUUCUCGUCCAUGGAGAAGAUCGAAGAGGCCUUUUGUGACCCCCACAUUCACAGCAGCAUUUCUGUAAGAAAUCAAAAAAUCAAUUUCCAGGAUAUGACUUGUGAUUCAUAUCCCAUCCGACGUAUCUCCACUCCUUCAUCUGUCACAGCACCGGCCAAUUCUGUCUUCGCCACCAAAUGGAUUUGGUAUUGGAGGAGUGAAUCUGGCAAAUGGAUUCAGUACGGGGAAGAGAAAGACAACCAGCGAAGUUCGAACAUCGACUCUCUUUACUUGGAGGCUUUCUAUCAGUCCUGUCCAAGGGGAGUUGUACCGUUUCAGGCAGGCUCACGGAACUACGAGCUGAGUUUCCCAGGGAUGAUUCAGACAAACAUAAUUUCCAAGACUCAGAAGGAUGUUGUCAGAAGGCCAGCGUUUGUGUCUUUGCAAGACGUGGAGAAGAUAAAAAGAGGGCCAGACCAUCAGCUGGCAAAGACCCUGUCAGAGCGUUUAACUUUGAGAUGUCUUCCUAAGCAGGAUCUUAACUUUGUACCAUCGAAUGGAUAUAAGUUGUUGGAAAUCCAUAACCAGUUUCCGGAAUAUAUCAAAAUAAGUGAGCAUUUUAAAGCUUCCAUGAGAAAUUUCAAGAUUGAAAAGAUAAAGAAGAUCCAGAGCACAGAACUCUUGAAUGCUUUUGAAAGGAGAAAGCUAAAGAUGAAGAGAAAGGAUGAAACACUCCUAUUUUAUGCAACAGGCCGUGCCCACGUGAAGUCUAUCUGCGCCAAUAGUUUUGACUGGAUUUUACAUGAAACUCAUGAGACCAAAUAUGGAAAAGGAAGUUACUUUGCAAAAGAAGCUAUGUAUUCCCACAAAAAUUGCCCGUAUGAUGCCCAGAACACCGUUAUGAUUGUAGCCCGAGUCCUGGUUGGAGAUUUUACUGAGGGAAAAAAGACGUACACGAGCCCCCCUCCACCGUACGACAGCUGUGUGGAUACAGGGUUUAAUCCGUCUGUUUUUGUCAUCUUUCACAGAGAUCAGAUUUACCCAGAAUAUGUGAUUGAAUACGCUGAAACAGACAAAAGCUGCGCGAUUUGUUAGAACUGAUGAAUGUGGCCUCUUAAAGGGUGCCAUAACCGUUCCGUUCACUUGUCGAACCAAAUUGCCCCUGAUAAUAGUUAAACUUUGCUACAUAUUUGAAUCAUCUGGGAAGCUUUAAAAUAUUCCAGUGCCAGGCUGCACCCAUACCAAUUAAAUCACCACUUCUGGGGGUGAGAGGCAGGCAGUGGUAUUUUUUUAAAGUUCUCCUGAUGAUUCCAAUAUGUUGGAAAGUUUUCAUUGUCUUAGAUAUAACUGGUAAAGGCUGAUUUCUAAAUUUUCUGUAACUGCAACAAACUUUCUCUCCCUUCUACUCUUUUAGUUGACUGUAUGGCAUGGUUUCAUUUUGGUUAAAUUGAAAGAAAAUUAAUUUGGAAUAUUUGAAAGAAAUCUAAUAAUGCCUAUUAAAAUAAGGGCAUAAGAUAUUACAGCCUUAGAUAGAAGAUUGAGAAAAGCCAGGGAAAAAUGCUUAUGGUCGUGCUGGGAAAGAAAAGGUAAAAAGUAAACUUUAAAUGCUAUUAUGGACAUAACUGCUGUACUAUACUUUGUGAUGAAACUGCUUUGGGGCACACAUUUCUUUGUCUUUACAUUUAUUUAGGGGACAGACUCCCUCCAGGUUGACUUUGGAAUACCAUAAUAAUUGCUGCCAAGUGUGGCUUAGAGAGAAACAACCAACUGGAGUUAAUUGCCCAUUUGGUUUUGUUUUUUGGUGGCUGACCGGUUCAGGGAUCCAAACCCUUGACCUUGGUGUUCCAACACCACGCUCUAACCAGCUAAGCUAACCAGCCAGCCCCCAUUUGGGCUCUUUAUAUAAUUAUGGCAAAGUACACAUUUAUGUUCUAAUUAAUGUGAUUACAGAGAAAGCUUUUUUCAGGUCAGGCUUUCAUGAAAGUGUCUGUAUUUUCGGGGGACUGAGUUGCAGUAACCAGAUUCACACAAUAAACCCGAGUGCUAUUGUAGUCGUUCACUGCGGCAAACGAGGCUCACCAAGAAAUUAGGAGUAGAGCCAUCCCGAUAGAAGGAAGGGCCCCCUAAGGAGGCGAGAUUUGCUUCCUGGUGAGCACAGAAUUAUAUAUAACAAAGAGAACAAUGUCCCAAACAGGCCUCGUGCCUACUAGGGGCUUCUUUUUCUACAUGUAACGAUUGUAUGGAAUUGUAGUGCAAUUACACCGAAUGGUGACUGGACCAAUAUUUCCUUCUUUAUUAUGAAUAAGGUUUUUCUUUCCAGUUUUCCUUUUUCAACAUUCCAUACCAGUCACCAAAAUUUCUUGUUAUAUUUCCUUCCAGCAUACAUGUUACAAAUAAUUAAUUAGCAUUAGAGUUGAUUUUGUAUUACUCAGAUUUUAGUUCAGUACAAAGAUCUUCACAACUUUUUGGUUUAAAGUGCUCCAACAGUAAAACACGUGCAGAGAUUUUUUUAGAGUACGGUUGUUUUCAUUCGGGAGGCUUGUCAUAAAUGGCUAUUCUCAUUUGCUUAUUUUUCAUGGUAGUUUGUGUUUUGGAGUGUUCAUUUCCUGACCUUGACCUUCACAUUGUAGAGGUGCAGUUUAUCCAACUCUUUCCAACUGUCCAUUAGACUCUUCUAGUUGGAUAUUUCACAGGCGUCUUUGAUUCAACACCUCCAAAGUGUAACUUUCUGUCUGCCUCCCUCCAACAAGCCUGUUCCUCCCGAGUGUUCUGUAUAUAAGUAAAUGGUAUCGCAGAAACCAGAAGUUAUCCUUGACCUCUUGCUCUCCCUCCUGCUACACAUCUAAGCAGUUCCAGUUUUACCUCUCAAAUAUCUCUUUGUCCCCUUCUAAGUUUUUCUCUACUUAGCAAGAAUGUCAUGUUUUAAAAAUGUACUUAAUAAUGCUCUUUCAAAACAAAUCUGAUUGUGCCUUUAGGAUAAAGUUCAAAACCAUGAUCUCUCCCUUCCCUACUCUUUUAUCAUUUAUUUACUUCCACGUAAGCCUCUCUGGCUUUCUUUCAGUUCUUCAGUGCCCCUUUUUUCCUAGUUCAGUGGUUCUCAACUAGCACUUCUGCCUUUUUUUAACAACAAAAACUUUGUAACAUCUGCUUUAUUGCCCUCAAAAUGCAAUUCAGAGGUAAUAUAUUCUACCUACACACAAUUUUAGAAAUAAAUGAAAAAUUAAAUUAAACUAAUAUAAAAGGGCACGACUAUACCAGAACACAACGAAGUAGUCAAAUGUUUACACCUUCUUAUAAUGAAUAAAUUUGAACCUAAAAGAAGGUAAGAGAUGAGAAGCUGUUUUAUACAAAGAAGCAUGGAAAAAUGAAAAUGCAGAUACGAAUGGACAUUAGAAUAAAAACUAGUGAUGUAAUAACUUAUUUGCAUAUAAUACUUGUAUAUGAUAAGAGAAAGAACGAAAUAACCUUAAUUGAAAUAAAAAUACUAUGCUAGAAAAUUUAGAGGUUGUCGAAACAGAGAAAAAGAGGAAAUAUAUUCUUGCAGACGAGCUGUAGGUUAUACAUGAAUGUCUAGUGAGACAUUCAAAAUUCGUAUAGGGUGCAGAAUUUCAUAUUGUGAGGAACUGUCCAAUGUAUUGCAAGAUGUUCAGCAUACUUGGCUCUCACAUACUAAAUAUCAGUUGCGCCCCCACCGCCACCUCCACUCCCAAUCAUGGUGGCAGAUAAACCCUAUCAGACCUAUUCACCCUUUUCAAAGCAAAUAUUUUUGUAACAUUCCCUUUGCUAUCCUGAGAUGAUUCACAGAUAAUGCAAUCUACUAACACAUAUGAAUUUCUUAAAAAAUCAAUUUAAUAGUCUAACUCUUAUAAUGGAGAAAUAGAAAGUAAAAAAUGUGUAAUGAAAAUAAAGUGAAUUUCAAUAUGUAAAUGCUCAGGCAUGACUACGCUGUAAGACAUAAAAUAGAUGUUUACUCUUACUUAUAAUAGGUUUGGGUUUAAUAGCCGAUCAGAGGCUACUUCCCGUAAAGAAGCACAGGAAAAUGAAAGAUUAAAGGUACAAAGGAUCUUCAAAAAGUUCACGGAAAGACUCCUAUUAUGUUUGAAUUCCAUUUUUCCAUGAAUUUUUUGAAGUACCCUCAUAUGGGUGACACUAGAAUGAAAACCAGUAUUAGGGUAAGUCAUAACAGACCAUAUACCUUAUCAGUAUAUGGUAAAGAAAGGAGCAAAAUUACCUUUACUGGAAUAAGGAUAAUAGGGCAAGACAAAUUACAGGUGUCAGAGGAAACAAAUGAGUUAUAUUCUCUCAGACGAGCUGUAGUUCCUACAUAAAUGUCCAGCAGGACAUUAGAAAGUCGUACAGAGUAAUUCUUCGUUGUGUGUGGGACUAACCUAUACACUGCAGGACAUCUCUUAUCCCUGUCUGCAUCCACUUAGAGCUGGUAAUAGCUUCCAAUUAUUGUGAAACCAACAAUAACCAAUCAGUUUCCAAAAUACAGUGAGAACCACUGACCUAGUGAAUGUCUAGCUUCCUCACAUUAGCUCAACUGUUAAUUCCAUGAGGAGUCCUAUAGAAUAAGUCAGAUCCUUGCCUCCCAACCCCCCAGUUUUUAAAAUACUUUGCAUCUUGCUCUGUUCAUUUUUAGCAUCAAUCCAACUUGAAGUUGUUUGCUUUCUGCUUUAGAAUGUAAGCUCCUUGAGGGCAAGUCAAUCUAUGUCACUCGCUGUGCCACGCCUGAUACCCAGCCUAGUGGGAUGCUUGCUACACUGGUGACAUGGGUGAAUUUUGUUGAGUAAAUUAAGCUCAACUAUUUAUAUUUCAGUGGUUGAGUUGUAUUGCUUCUUCUUCAAGCUUAAUUUGAGGCUAAUAAAAAGAAAUACAUAAUUAA